AUGGCAGAAGAAAGUGUCGAGGUGCUUGAGUAUAUUGGGUUUAUACCAGAUGUUGCCAGACUGAUCUAUGACCGAUAUUGCAACCGCCCAAGUCCAGCCCAAAAUCCCGACGACCUAAUGGCGUAUGUCUCCGGGCAUCUCGCCUCUCUUAACCUACGACAAUACGAUCACAUGGGCCACCAAGAAGCACUCGCUCAUGUUGGUCUUACUCAUACUGUUGAAACCAAUUAUGCCGCUCUUCUUAGCCAACAGCAACUACUCCAAAGUCAUGCAAAUCAGCGCAUGGCUCAUAAAAGGAGGCAUAAGCGGCCCGGGCAUGAGCCUAGACAUGAGCCCAGCCGACAUGAACAAGGCCCAUCCCAGCAGCAACCCGUGACAGCAACGAUUAACAUGACACCUCAAGAUUUCCAAUUUCCGGACGCAUAUGUGAUGGUUCAGCCUGAUGCCGAUAUCCUCGCCGAGCACAUUUCUUUAUAUAAGGGCAAGUCACAUGUUGAAUUAAGGCAACCGGGUGAUAUCAUUGAGAGUGAUGGGAGAGUCAACCUAAGCACACUGAGAAUACCCCCCGGCGGAGACUUUAACUGGAAUUUUAAUGCGCACUACUGGACUCCCGAAAAGGAAACGGCUGAAGAGUACCGCGAAUUCGCAGCAAGGAGAUGCCCUACAGCCGAUACCUGCAUUAUUCACAUUCAGGUUCCGCAAUCAUUCAUCAACAGCCUCCGCUGGGAGAACCUAUGGUAUUCUCCCAACUGGAAAGAGUACAUCUGGACAUGUAGGAGAGAGCAAAUGCCUCACCCGAAAUUCGACUAUCUCUGGCAACCUGGGCAAGCUGAUAUUGUCAGGGGCCCCAUCUGUUCUACCAUCAGCACACAGAUAGUCCGCAUCCGCAAAGAAAACGUCCAAAGUCGUAUCAGUGAGGACCACGUGAUGCGGUUGCCGUCUGGGAAAAAGGCCUCUCAGUGGGUAUUCAUUCAAGGCGAUACAAUCAAUCGGUUAGCAGAACAAAUUCGAGGGAAGAUGCACUUUAUCAUUUUCGAAGCCACAGCGCGUUCCUCUAUGACCACGGUCUAG